AUGUGUUCCCACAAAUCCACCUUUCAACGCUAUGUCACCGAGCUGCGGAAUAAGAACCUUACUUACAAGCAGAAACGCGGCAUCCUGAGUCAUCUGAAGGCUGAAAAAGGCAUCCUUUCACGUACAGUUGACGUCUUGAAAACGGUGGAAAAGCAAUGCAAACGCCAACUGGAUGCUGUUGAGUCAGCUCAAGGCGUCUCUGGUUACUGGGAGACCAUGAACAAACUGGAGAAAGUAAGUUACGAUGUUACAUUGCAUCUGACACUUGCUCAGACAUAA